AUGGCCUAUGAUGGCCGACCCACUUUCACGGGCUGGCAGUCAUCACAAUACCAUCAGGGCCCACAGUAUGGGUAUUACUACACUCAAGGGCCUCCAAUCAUAACCCCAGGUAGUAUGCCACGCACCCAAUGGGUAUCUCCAGGUAUGGAAAACUACUUCCAUUCUCCACCACCACGUUCUUCCUCUCCCCCUGCUUUCUAUGCUGAGCGAAACUCAUAUUUUGACACUUCAACUUCCAAAACUGCUCAUGCUAGACAAGCUUGCUACGGUGAGUACGCCGUUCCUUCCUCGCCACCACCUUCUUUUCAUGCUGAAGACACUUCAACUUCCAAAACUGCUCAUGCUAGACAAGCUUGCUAUGGUGAGGACGCCGUCCCUUCCUCGCCACCACCUUCUUUUCAUGCUGAAAAGGGUUCGUAUUACGACACAACCCAGGCUCGAGCUGCCCAAUCUCAGCCACAAUAUGAACACGAGCCCAAACCCCCAAAAGUAGAUAAUACUCCCACGCCCUACACCUACGACGACGAUGAGCCAGACCGCAUCCCCAUUGCGCCAAUGCCAUGGAACAACUACUCUUCCACUGCAUCCAAAGAAGAGCUGAUCAGCUUCUUCGUAGGUAAAGGUAUUCAUCCAAAGCGAGCUGCUGCAGCUGUGGAUAGAGAGUUCUCUGCUCAUGCGCCUCAGUAUUUUGCUGGGUGCUCGGAGCCGGGGCUACCGAGGGCUCAGAUUCCUGCUGAAGUUACUAAUGCCCCGCCGCCGAGACCAAGAGAAAAAUAUGCUACUGGUAGUACGAGUAGGAGUACGAGGGCCAAUGAGAGUGGAUAUCGAAGCUCAAGAACGAGAGAGCCGACCCCUCCACCUGCUGGGAAGAGAGAGGGGAAGGAGAGGACGACGAGGACCUGUUGGAAGAGGUAA